UGCAGCAUCGCACGAGCGCCGCUAGUACAGGCUGAAUCAGUGGAAACACAUACAUACACACACACACACACUAUCUCUCUCACACACAACCAUAAUAAUAAUAAUAAUAAUAAUAAAAAACAUGUCUGUGGCCAACGACUUCGGGAACCCUUUAAGGAAAUUCAAGCUUGUCUUUCUGGGAGAGCAGAGCGUUGGAAAGACGUCUCUGAUCACGCGGUUCAUGUAUGACAGCUUCGACAACACGUAUCAGGCGACGAUUGGAAUAGACUUCCUGUCAAAAACUAUGUACCUGGAGGACAGGACGGUGCGGUUGCAGUUGUGGGACACAGCAGGACAGGAGCGGUUCAGGAGCCUCAUUCCCAGCUACAUACGGGACUCCACUGUGGCUGUGGUGGUGUACGAUAUCACAAAUGUGAAUUCUUUCCAGCAAACCUCCAAAUGGAUCGAUGAUGUCAGAACAGAGCGAGGCAGUGAUGUCAUCAUUAUGCUAGUGGGCAAUAAAACAGACCUGGCUGAUAAAAGGCAGAUCACGAUUGAGGAGGGCGAGCAGCGGGCGAAGGAGCUCAGCGUGAUGUUUAUCGAGACCAGUGCUAAGACAGGCUACAACGUCAAACAGCUGUUCCGACGUGUGGCCGCUGCCCUACCUGGAAUGGAAAGCAUGCAGGAAACGAGCAAAGAGGGCAUGAUUGACAUCAAGCUGGACAAACCCCAAGAGCCGACUACCACCGAAGGCGGAUGCUCCUGUUAAUAGCCCACUACUAAUCAGGCCACUUCAUUUACACCACGUGCUUGUUGUGUUGCUUUCUGUUGGUUAAGUUCAAGUUGAAUUUUUCGAGUUUUCCAGAUUGGAUAUUUGGCACUCACGUUAGACCACAAGGUCACAGGUUGAAAACAGUGUUAAGUUAGUUUCAGUUGUGAAAUAGUAUACUUUGUUAACAAAAUUGCCAAAAAAUCUUAAAAAUUUGAAAGGGACAGGAAGAAAAACAGCAAAAAGACCAAUUAUGGAUUAUGUUUUGUUUUUGCUUUUUAUUUUUGUACACUCAAGGAAAAUCUAUAAAAAAUGAAGACAGAAAGAAAGACAGUGGGUUGUGAAAUGUGUUACUUAUAUUAGAAGGAUUCAUCAGACAGUCUGUAUAGUUUGAAGGGAACUGAACAAUAAUUACUGGAUGAAAAUACAAAGCGAGCGUGCAUGCAAAAAUUUUUUUUUCUUGUUUACAAUUUUAUAACUCCACUCGAUUCCUUCUGCUGCCGUAUGUGUACCCAACUUUGAAUAUAUCCACGUAAAUGCUUACUCACACGUGACUUUAUGCACUGUAUCAAAACUGCACAUUGUUUUAAGGUUUGUGAGUGUUUUAAUGUACUUCAGAAAGGGCCAGUGUAAAAGACCGAGGCUCAACCACAUCGAUUUCGCCACUUUGAAUCCCAUCCUGGAGAAGUGCACUGUUUUCUUUUUUUUUUCAUUACCACACAGGCUUCUCUUCUCCAGUUAUCGUACAUCUCAUAUUUUAGUCACUUGAGAGGAUGAGAGGACGAUUUAAACUACUGUCUGUUCAGUAUGACACAUUUGAUGUACAAUUCCUCUCCAGUUUGUAACACAGACUGAAGAGAUGAUUUCACAAAAAUCACUGAUCACUUUCACAUUCCUAUUAGCUUUUUCAUAUUGAUAUGGUAUAGUCAAGCUUCGUUGUAAAUAUCACUUUAAAAUUCGAAGAACAUGUAGUAUUACUCCGAACACAACAUUAGAUGACUACUGAGAGUUAAGGUUAAGCAGAACUCUACUGUACUGUAGGUGCUUUAUUAAGCUUAAAUCGCAUCGCUUGGGGAAGUUGAGGUAUAGCAUAGACUACUUUUAUUUCAAUCUUUAAUGCACUUUUUAAAGGAAAGAUGUAAAUGUUUCAAGGUUGAUGUAAGGAAUACUGUAUCUCUCCAGUCACUAUGAUAAAUCUUCCCUCACCUUCAUGUCUCUUUUUUACAAGUAAACGUCAACUAUUAAUGUGACCCAAGAGUUCUGGUGAAUAUUUUAACCUUGUAAAGCAAACCUUGUAAAAGAUUUGUUGAGCUAAAAAAAUCAAUCAAACCGUCAAGAGAUUCCAAAGUGUUAUUCCAAAUAACAGGUUGCGCAAGAGCAAAGGGUUUCCAGUGAAAUUCCAGAAUAGGGGUUUUGGAUCAUAUUUUUAUCAACCUGCAGCUCAAGAUCAUAUCUACUUCUUACUGAUUCUAGUCGAGAUAUGGAUGCUUUCGCUUACCUAACUGAAGAAUAUAAAAAAAAGCAAAACAAGCAUCGCUUGUGCACUGAUUCGUUAAUGGGACAUAAUUCUAAGUUUAUCUUUCUGUUUUAUUGUCCUUACGUCUGCGCUGAGUGUUCGAAAGGCUCUGACCGCCUGGUGGUCCAGAUACAGAAGAGAGUGAAACUGAGGGUAUUUAUUAGUUGAUCGGUUCUGUUUACUUUGGCACUUUGUGUCAUUUUUGGUUACAUCUUGUUUACUCCCUGUAUCAUCUUUCUGUAUCACCUUUCCCCUCUUUAGUUCUUUUACCAUCAUGAAGAUAGAGUCGACUAUAUCGUUAGGCAUGAACAGGAUGCCCAUAUAGUCUAACCCUUAGAAGGUGCUUACAACAGUGAUUCUGUGAUUUGUUUAUUUUCCUGUUGGUACAGUAAGAAGCACCAUUUUCAGCCAAAAAAAAACCACAUCAGUCUCUAUUGUAUGGUGGAUUCUGCUUGGCACAAUGAGGCCAGUCCUAGUGUAAAUGUUUGAACUUGAGUUAGGUAAUGCAAACAAUCAAGAGAUAUGAGAAUGCCAUUCCGAAUAUCAGGUUGGGCAUAAACAAGGGUUUCCAGUGAAAUUUGCACAGGAGUCUUUUAGAUUGUUAUCUACCUACAUCUUAUCUAUCAAGAUCAUAUGCGCGUUCUGCUACGUCUAUUCAACAAAUGUGAUUUCUGACUGGAUUGUUUUUGGGCGCUGUCACGUUAUGCUUUCACUUACCUGCCUGACUGUCUCGUACGACUCCUGCUACAUGGAAGAAGGAAGCAAAACAGGCAGCAAAACAGGCAGUUGUGCACUGACUCAUUAAUGACACAUAAAUCUCUUUCUUAUUUUCCUUAUAUCUUCACAGGUUGUUUAAAAGGCCGACCGCCCAGUGGUUCACAUACAGUAGAGAGUGAAACUGAGGGAAUUUUUUGGUUGCUUGUUUAAUUGUUUACCUUGGCACCUUGUGAUAUUUGUUUACAUUUUGUUUACACCCUGUAUCACUUUUCACCUCCUUAGUUCUUUGACCAUCAUGUACUGUAGAUAGAGUCGACUAUAUCAUUAGGCAUGAACGGGAUGUAUAUAUAGUCUAGCCCUUAUAAGGUGUGUACCAAAACAACAGUGAAUCUGUGAUUUGUUCAUUCUUCUGUUGGCACCGUAAGACACACCAUUUCUUGGCAAGAAAAAAAAAACAAAAAACAGUAAGUCUGUGUGUAUGUUGGGUCCUGCUUCGGAGAGUGAGGGCAUUCCUAGUGUAAAUGUUUCAACUCGAGUCUGAUUGAUUCAGAGCUCACUCUCCAUUCACACUGUACAGAGAUCUAGCAUGUCUGUCUCAAACAAUAAAAAUCAAUAAAAACAAUUUAAAAACUCUUA